CAUACGUGCGCAUGUGAUCCAUGAGCCAAGGGACACGGUAUAAAACACAGAUCCAGGAAUCCUUCUUGCUCACUUCACCGUAUAGCGUGCCACACUCGCCACCGGCCACUCCAAAAUGGCAAGCAUUCCGGCAUUCUUGCUCGUCCUGCUCCCACUGCUCCUCUCCGCCGCAGUCUCAGCGUAUCCCGAUGCCGGCUUCGGCUUCCAGGCCACGCUCACCCACAUCGACGCCGGGGCGGGGUACACGGAAGCGCAGCUGCUCUCGCGCGCCGUGCGCCGGAGCAAAGCCCGCGUCGCCGCGCUGCAGUCGCUGGCGACGACGACGGCCGCGGACGCGAUCACCGUGGCCCGCAUCCUGGUGCUGGCCAGCGAGGGCGAGUACCUGAUGAGCAUGGGCAUCGGCACGCCGCCGCGGUACUACUCGGCGAUCCUGGACACCGGCAGCGACCUCAUCUGGACGCAGUGCGCGCCCUGCAUGCUGUGCGUGGACCAGCCCACGCCCUUCUUCGACCCGGCCCAGUCCCCGUCCUACGCCAAGCUUCCCUGCAACUCCCCGAUGUGCAACGCGCUCUACUACCCGCUCUGCUACCGGAACGUCUGCGUCUACCAGUACUUCUACGGCGACAGCGCCAACACCGCCGGCGUGCUCUCCAACGAGACCUUCACGUUCGGCACCAACGACACGCGUGUCACCGUGCCGAGGAUCGCCUUCGGCUGCGGGAACCUCAACGCGGGCUCCCUCUUCAACGGGUCCGGCAUGGUCGGCUUCGGCCGCGGGCCGCUGUCCCUGGUGAGCCAGCUCGGCUCGCCCAGGUUCUCCUACUGCCUCACCUCCUUCAUGUCGCCCGUGCCCAGCAGGCUCUACUUCGGCGCCUACGCCACGCUCAACAGCACCAGCGCCAGCACGGGGGAGCCCGUGCAGUCCACGCCCUUCAUCGUCAACCCGGGGCUGCCCACCAUGUACUACCUCAACAUGACGGGCAUCAGCGUGGGGGGCGAGCUGCUGCCCAUCGACCCGUCGGUGUUCGCCAUCAACGACGCCGACGGCACGGGCGGGGUCAUCAUCGACUCCGGCUCCACGAUCACGUACCUGGCGCGGGCCGCCUAUGACAUGGUGCACCAGGCGUUCGCGGACCAGGUCGGCCUGCCGCUCACCAACGCCACGUCGCUGGCCGACGUCCUGGACACGUGCUUCGUGUGGCCGCCGCCGCCGCGCAAGAUCGUCACGAUGCCGGAGCUCGCCUUCCACUUCGAAGGGGCCAACAUGGAGCUGCCGCUGGAGAACUACAUGCUGAUCGACGGGGACACGGGGAACCUGUGCCUGGCCAUAGCGGCGUCGGACGACGGCUCCAUCAUCGGCAGCUUCCAGCACCAGAACUUCCACGUGCUCUACGACAACGAGAACAGCUUGCUGUCCUUCACCCCGGCCACGUGCAACGUUAUGUAGUCGCCGUAGCUCUAGCUAGCUCCUAGUUUCCCAUUUUCUGUUUAUGCAUAAUUGCGCCAUUUUCAUUUCUGUUUUGAUAGUUACUCCUAUGUGUGUUUUGGAUUUGGAUUUUGGCAGGGCAUUUAAUUAACUGUAGGUUGAUCUGCCAUAUUGUUCAUGUAUUGAUCUGUAUUCCCUCCAAUGCAUAAUAAGUGUCGGGGAGCCAGUACACACAUUUGUACUAACUUUGUACUGAAUCCUUGACACUUAUUAUGGAUCGGGAGGAGUAUCUGCUAAAGUGUCAUGAAUAAUAUCCGCUCGCUUACAAACGAGCUCUUGAAUC